GCAGUGAGUGUUCUCCGGCCUGGGGCAUUCUAUGCCUAUUGGUACAACAACCCUCAGCGCUCAAAGCGUGUCUUUGCAGAAAUGCUUCGAGGGCCAUUGGACUUGGACUGGGGCACAUCCGGCCCUGGGGGCACACUGCCAAGCAACAAGUACUACCUACAGAUCAUUGGCUGGCUACGAGUCCCCACCACUGACAG